UCAACGGGUCGAUCAGUCAUUGGCCCUGACGCAAUGGAGGCGCCCAGUAAAAGAGCGAGAGAAUUUACUGAUGCCAGUAUUCCAAGUAUUCGUGCAGAUGUGGAGGUCUGACAUGGGAGAUUCUGGGGAAUAGCUCCGGUCGACUGCACCACCCCUUCGGCUAUUUUACUGCCACGUACUGCUCGUUCAGUUAAAUAUCUACCUGCUACCCUUCCAGGAAAUACUGACAUGACGAGUAAACGAAUGAUGACGACUUGUGCAAACGUCUCAGCACAGGCUCAUCACGUGUCGAGGGCUAAAAGAGGUCAAACCCUGGGGAAAUUACGAGGAUUCCGAGGAUGCACCGUGUGGUUGACAGGUCUGUCUGGUGCCGGAAAGACCUCGAUAGCAUUCCAGGUGGAGGCGAUCCUGGUGGAGCGUGGGAUAGCGGCCUACGGUCUCGAUGGAGACAACAUGCGAACAGGUCUGAAUUCAAACCUCGGAUUUACCCGUGAAGACCGAAAGGAGAACAUCCGUCGUGUAGCAGAGGUGGCAAAACUCUUCGCUGACAGCGGACAGAUAGUCCUCUGCAGUUUUGUCUCUCCCUUUGAGGAAGAUCGUCAAACAGCCCGCACCAUCCACAAGGACUUCGACCUGCCGUUCUUCGAGGUGUUCGUUGAUACACCCUUGACCGUCUGCGAGGCACGAGACACAAAAGGUCUCUACAAAAAAGCGAGGGAAGGUGCCAUCAAGGGCUUCACUGGAAUCGAUCAGAUGUACGAACGUCCACUGCACUCUGAUCUCAUCGUCACCACAGAGAACUGCACCCUGGAGGAGUCAGCAGCCAUGGUGAUCGAUCUUCUGGAGAGAAAACAUAUUAUUCCAGUCUCACCCAAGGCCAAUUCCCUCGUGAAAGAGCUAUUCGUUCCCCAGGGAAGAAUUGCAAGUGCUAAAUCAGAGGCUGAGACCCUCUCCUCUGUUGAAAUCAAUGAAAUUGAUGUUCAGUGGCUUCAAAUACUCGCUGAGGGCUGGGCUGCACCACUCACCGGAUUCAUGAGGGAGGACCAAUACCUCCAGACACAACAUCUGAGGUGUCUCCUGGUGGAUGGCAACGAGGUCAACCAAUCUGUACCAAUCGUCCUGGCGAUAACCACUGAAGAUAAGGUUCGAUUGGAGGGACAUUCAGCUGUCACCCUGAGGCACAACAGAAAUCCUCUGGCAAUUCUUCGAAGACCUGAAUUCUAUCCCCACAGGAAGGAGGAGAGAUGCUGCAGGCAAUUUGGUACCAAUGACCUGAGACAUCCCUACGUCAAGAUGAUUCAUGACUCGGGGGAGUGGCUGAUGGGAGGGGACGUCGAGGUCUUGGAGAGGAUCAAAUGGAAGGAUGGACUCGAUGAAUACAGACUCACACCCAAUGAAAUCCGGGAGAAGUGCAGAGAUAUGAAGGCUGAUGCUGUUUUUGCUUUUCAGUUGAGAAAUCCUAUUCAUAAUGGACACGCAUUGCUCAUGCAGGACACGAGGCAACGGCUGUUAGGAGAGAGAGGAUUUAAAAAUCCUGUUUUAUUAUUACAUCCUCUGGGAGGAUGGACCAAGGACGAUGACGUACCUCUGCCCACGAGGAUGCUCCAGCACAAGGCUGUUCUCGAGGAGGGGAUUCUAGAUGAAAAUUCUACACUUUUAGCGAUAUUUCCUAGUCCAAUGAUGUACGCUGGACCUGUUGAGGUUCAAUGGCACGCAAAGGCCAGAAUGAAUGCUGGUGCUAAUUUUUAUAUCGUGGGAAGAGAUCCUGCGGGAAUUCCACAUCCAGAUGAGACAUCAACUCCUGAUGGCAAUCUGUAUGAUCCAACUCAUGGAGCUAGGGUCCUCUCCAUGGCCAGGGGACUCCAGAAUCUUGAGAUUAUUCCCUUUAAAGUCGCUGCUUAUGACACGAAAAACAGAAAAAUGGACUUUUUCGAUCCUCAGAGGAAGCAGGACUUUGAUUUUAUCUCUGGGACGAGAAUGAGAGCACUAGCUAGAGCAGGCCUAGUACCACCGGAUGGUUUCAUGGCACCCAAAGCUUGGCAGGUCCUCGUUAAUUAUUAUCAGAAUGGAGACCAGAAUUAACGACACAAUCCCCAAAAUUUUAAUACAAUUCGACGAAUAAAUUAAAUCAAUUCAGCAGUAAAGUGAUAAAAUAUAGAAUAUUUCACGUUUAUUCGGAAUUCAUUCGAGAGAUUUCAAGGAAAAAUGUGGGAUUGACUGGAUAUUUAAUUAUUCAUAAAUACCUUGCAUCCCUCGUUGAAAUAAUUAAUUUUUUGGAUUAUACAUAGAUUUUUUGGGUCAAUGGUUUUUUUUUGUCUGGGUUAUUAGGGAUUAUCUAGUUAAUGAGAGGUUUGAGGGGAAAAUGUGUGGAACGUUAUUUAUGGGAAAUUUCAUAAGCUGGAAAAAAUUCUUCUGACUUUUCUCAUAAAAUCCUCAGGUCUCGGGGUAAAAAGCAUAAUUAUAGGAAAUUAUGAAUUUUAUUGGCGUUUUAUCACUUGACUGCACCUGCUGCAAUGUAUUUUAAUAAAUUACCACAUUCCAAAAAAUGUACAUACCACCCUUGCAAUAUUUCCAAGAAAGUACCUCAUAUUGUGGUACCUCGCAAUAUCAAAUAUUAUUUUUAAACAAACAAAUGGAUUUAUAUAUUUUAUAGAAUCUGAUAUAUUAUGGAAGAAAAAUUUUGUUUCGUCUCAAUCAUAAUCGAAAAAAUCACGUGACGUUCAAUUAUUUAUACCGACAUGUGCCCGGAGCUAUAAUAAUUACCUGAGAGGACAAAUGACCUUCAAAUAAUAAAAAAUAAUGAAUUAUCAAUUCAAUCAACCGAAGUAAAUCCUCUCCACGAUUAUUUACCCAUGAAAUCAGCAAUAAAAUCAACUUAUGAUAUUUAAAAUAUUUUAUUACCGUAGUAAAUUGUUAAAGUACACAUUAAAGAUUAAAUGAUACUUGACAAAAAUAGAACACCCUCCUAUUUUCCAAUAUACAUUAUUUCAUUCAACAAUCUCCUCGUUAUUUAUUUAUCAUGUGCUUAUGUAAUCCCAACAAUGACUGAAAUACAAGCCUAUUGUACUUUGACAGCAA